UCUCCUCUGGGCCGUACCAGGAGGAGCCAGCAGGAGUCAUGGAGGACCAGCCACCCUCAUCACAUGCUUCCAAAGAGACAAAUGAAGUACCCUUUGAACUGCAUCCCCGAGCAGAUGCCAUCCGCUCCAAGCUGAUCUACACAUUCUAUCUGAUUGACUAUCUACGGGGGCUAGGCAGUGCUAUUCCACGCCAUAACAUACGAGAUUUCCUGGACCAUCGGAAGCUAAAGAAGCUAAUGCUCACAGACCAUCACCAGCUGGUGCGUUUCAAUGUUGUGCCCAAACGGAAUGUCAUGAUCACGCGAGAAAUACGCUGCCGUAACCGUAUCCGCGUGCGCUGCAGCCGCUGGCCCCCUGUCGCCAUGUGGGCUUAUUCAGUCUUGAACAGCCAAAUCUUCAAAGUCUUCAUGAUCUUCCUCAUCUGCCUGAACAUGGUGGUCCUCAUGAUCUUAGUAGAGAUAAGGGAUAAGUUGGAGGACCACUUUGUGAAAAUGAAGAUAGCAAUGGAGGUGAUCAUCUGGGUCAUUGUCCUCAUCUUUUUGGUGGAAAUUGGGCUGAACUGGGCUGUUAGCUUUCAGGAUUAUUUUAAGAACUCCUGGAAUGUCUUUGACUGCACAGUCACCAUCAUAUCCUUUAUCCCUGAGUUGAUACUCCUUGUUGAAAAGAAACACAGCAAGGCCGUCACAUACUUCCUCCAGGUUUGCCGUGUGCUGCGAUGCUUAAAGCUCUUCCCUAGACUCCGGCAAAUCCGGAUCCUCAUUAUGGCCCUCUUCAAAGCAAUGAAAGCCAUGAGCUUCAUCCUGGUGCUCCUCGUCUUCUUCUUCUAUAUUUUUGCCGUAUCAGGCAUUUUCUUCUUUGAUGGCUACACUCGCUCAAACCUGGAUGACCUAGAGUACAACAAGUAUUUUCAAGACAUGCCCAAUUCACUGGUGACCAUCUUCAUUCUCUUCACCAUGGACCAUUGGUAUGCUCUGCUGCAGGACACGUGGAAGGUCCCAGAGAUAAACAAAGCAAUCAGUGGCUUGUUCAUCUGCUUGUGGCUCCUCAUUGGGGCAUUCAUCUUCAGAAACCUCAUGGUGGCCACCAUGGUCACCAAUUUCCAGACCAUUCGGAAUGAAUUGAGUGAAGAAAUGAAGCAGAUUGAGACUCAGCAGAAAGCUGACAAAUUUAAGCUGGAACUGCUGGAAAAGAAGUACAGCUCACCCCAGGGGCAGGACAAAAUGAGCAUGGGGCCAUCCACAAUAUACAGCAUACCAGAAGUCGAGGCUGGGCCUCUGGAUUGGGAAACAUAUGUCCACAAGAACCUGCCAGGGCUAUACGAGGCUGAUAAUGACGAGCAGGUCAUUUGGCCCCGUGACGCCCUCUUCCGCUACUUUGAGCUGCUGGAGAAGCUGCAGUAUAACCUGGAUGAGCGCAAACAAUUGCAGAAUUAUGCCGUCUUGGCUCUGUCCAACCUGGAGGACAAGUAGUGAUGGCUUCUGGAGGAUCAAGAAGAUGCAAGUGUGGACUCAUCCUUGCUUACUGAGCCAGCACAACCAAAACCUGUGGCAAAUCAA